CCGUGAGAGAUGGGGAGACUUAGGUUUUCGCUUUGCCUUUUCAUCACAUUAUAAAAUAUAAUUUCCUAUCUUAAUGGCUAAUAACGGAAUAAAAAUGGCUGCCAGAAUGAUAUCGACGGUUCCUAAAGUGUUCCCUCGUGUUUGUAUUGUGGGGGCUGGGCCAGCAGGAUAUUAUGCGGCUAUGCACCUUACAAAAAAUUUAGAUAACGUUAACAUAGACAUCAUCGAAAAGCUACCGGUCCCGUAUGGCCUGAUUCGAUAUGGCGUUGCUCCAGACCACCCGGAAGUAAAAAACGUCAUAAAUCAAUUUAACAAAGUGGCCCAAAAAGAUAAUGUAAACUUCUAUGGGAAUAUUGCUUUGGGGAAAGACAUAACACUUUCGCAGCUACGUCAACAUUAUCACGCUGUAUUACUCACAUAUGGAGCAGAAGAGGACAGAUUACUUGGAAUUGAAAAUGAAGAUGGGCACAACAUAAUAGCUGCCAGAAACUUUGUUGGAUGGUACAAUGGACUGCCCAGUGAUAAAGAUCUUAAAGUAGAUUUAUCUGGACACACUGCUGCUAUUCUUGGGCAGGGAAAUGUCGCCUUGGAUGUAGCAAGGAUAUUAUUAACACCUAUAGAUAAAUUAAAACAAACGGACAUCACAGAACAUGCUUUGAAUACUUUAGCAGAGUCUAAAUUGAAAGAGCUAUAUCUUAUUGGUAGGAGAGGACCCCUCCAAGUAGCUUUUACUAUUAAAGAACUUAGAGAACAACUUAAACUGGAAAACUGUAAAACAAUAUGGAGAGAAAAGGAUUUUGAAGGAGUGGCAGAUGUAGUGAACACUCUACCACGCCCAAGGAAAAGAUUGACUGAGUUAAUGUUGAAAUCUUUGAGUGAGACUCAAACCUCAAUCGGCAGAGCAGAAAAGUGUUUUAAACCAGUGUUCUUUAGAGGCCCAGAGAAGUUCUUGUUAAAUGAUCAAAGACAUGUGACUGGUAUUGAGUUAGUAUGCAACAGACUUAUUGGAGACAAAUUCGAGGAACAAACAUGUGUGCCAACAGGGGCUAUGUGGCUAAUGAAAAGGGACGUGUCAUUGAAUACACACCACAGGAAUUGGGUAGAUUGUAUGUGGCUGGGUGGCUAGGUACUGGACCAGUCGGUGUGAUUUUACACACUAUGGGUAAUGCAUUUCAAGUUGCAAAAACAAUAUGUGAAGAUUUUCAAAGCCAUAACAUGCAAUCUAAAGCUGGCUUUAAUGAAAUUAAAAAAGUGUU